CCUGAAUUGAGGGGAGAGUCAAUCAUAUGGUGAUACAGUCCCAGAGAAAUUGCGAGUCUGAGCCACGAGAGAGAGAGAGAGAUCUCAAAUGGCGGCAUUAACGAGCGCGUUGAUAGCAAUAGCCGGAGUGAUCUUGGGAUGGAUAGCGAUAGAGAUGGCUUGUAAGCCUUGUUUGGAGUCAGGCCGUGAAGCCAUCGACAGAUCUCUCAAUCCCGAUUACGAUCCCGACGACCAAGACGUCGACACAUCCUCCGAUGUUCGCGCUCCUCUCCUUCAAAAUCGUCCUCCGGAUAUUUCCGAUUCGGAUUCCUCCACCGCCGUCAAGUCAGUCUGAUCAUCGUGAUCGGUCUUUCUCUUGACUUUUUUGUCUGUAUUUAUUUACCUGAAUUUGCCAUCCUUGUGUGAACCUAUCUCGUUUGUGCUUUCUUCCAAAAGCUUGUCAAUUUCAGUUGAGUUGUGCUCUUUCCAUUCUAUGCUUGUGUUCUUCUUGUAGAAAUGAACUU